AUGGUUGUGGAUCAAUUGAAAAAUAAUAUUGUUCUGAUAUCGUCUAAUAUUGGAACUCAUAUUAAGGACGGGUAUAAGUACACUGAAUCAGAAUUCAAAAAUAUAUCCUACAACAUUAAAGACACAGUUACAUUCCACACCAGAGAUUACGAUAAGGAUGAUGAACUUGUUGAGAUUUAUUAUCACGAUAUCAAACAAUCAGUUUCUGGUUUGAAGUACAUCACAUCGCAGAAUCACCAUUUGUCCAAGAGUUUCUUGCCACAUGUGCUCAGCCUGAAUAUUAAAAUUAUUAAAGGAUUUAUCAACUUGAUUGGUCAAGAUUCUUUGCGUUUUGAUAAAAUCAACGAGUAUUACCAAGAAUUUGAUUCAUGGCAAGCAACACAAGAAAUCCCACAUGUACACCCAAAGGAGAUGCAAUUUUUGAAUGAAUCUAUAAAUGAAGAGUUGAAUAAUUAUUUGAUCACGGUGGAGAACUUAAAAUUUGAUUUGGAAAAUAAUUGGGAAGCAUAUGACGAAUCUCUCAAAUAUAGAAUUGACGAAAUGAAGAAAUACUUGAAGAAAACUUUGAAAUUGAUUAAAAAGCGUAAUAUGAAACGAACAGAGCAGGAUCAUUUGCAUCGCAAAAUUGAGAAAUUGAACCAGAAAGCGAUUCCAUUGGACGAGAAAGAUAAUGACAAACUUGAGAAAUUAGAAACAACAUAUCAGACAGUUGAUGCUGCGUUCAACAGCUUGAAUAAAAAGUGUAUUCAAUUAUUGCCUAACAUAGUUUCAUUUCUUGAUGAGUUUGUUGAAAAUAUUACCAAGAUGAUAUUAUGUCAACAAUUGGAGACGUUUAAAAAGCUAACUGAUACUUUUCAAUAUUUUACAGAGUUUUAUGGAUUGAUUAAAGAAAAUUCACCAAAAUCGUAUACUGAAAUAAUAGACGAUUGGGAACUGAACAGUACAGCUACAAGAUUGCAGAUAGAGUCUCUUCUAACAAUUGUGCACGAGAAACACCCGGAUUUGCUUGAUAAGGAGAUCAAUGAUGAAGAUUCGCUGCUGAACUAUUACAGAUUUUGGCGUAAUAUGAGUAAUAAAUUUGUUGAAAAGAAACAUGUUGUGAAUACAAAAGACAAGGUAAAUGGCAUAUUCAAUGAUACUUUAGAAAUCGAUCCCUUGGUGGCAUACAAACAGUACCAAGAUCCAUCGAUGAACCCAUCGGAAACAUAUCAUCCACGGAAAUUAGUCGAUGAGGAAGAUAUAAAGGUACCAGCAGUGCCGAAGAAAGAUGGUCCUGAAUUGCCACCUAGGUCAAACACUGCUAUUGUGAGGCAUUCUGUUCUUGUCUCGCCAAUGUCUUCUGCAGGUGCCUCACGGUUAUAUUCUAUUUCUACAGAUUCUAUGGAUUCUAUACUGCUAUCAGAUUUUGAAGACGAGAGCGCAACUAUUAUGUCAGAAGCUUCAUCAAUUAGCUCCAUGUCAAGUGUUUCGUACUCAAACCAUGAUUCAUCCGAAGCUAAAUUAAGAAGGAUAUACAAUGGCAGUAAGAAUGAGAUUAAGGAAAGCCCAAUCACAACCAAGCCAAUCCAGUAUGAACCUUUUACGUUUGAAAAGCCUAUGAGUUUGACUUACAAGUUGAAUUUGAUACAAAGCUUUUUUGAAAAGUUGAACAUUAACACCGAUAACAAAGUUUUGAAAACUGCAAAAUACGAUUUUAGUGGUUAUGAACCAGGUGAUUUGUCAUUUAAACAGGGCGAUAAUAUUGAAAUUUUAUUAGAUUUUCAGAAUAUUGAUACAUUGUAUCAUUCAGAUGAGUUAAAUUGGUUGAUUGGAGUCUCAAGAAUUGAUGAUGAGAGCUACAGAAUUGGAUUUGUACCUAAUAACUAUGUUGAGUAA